AUGAUUUCACCACUACCGUAUGAAGUUACGCGUACAUCCGAUAAUACGAAUCCAGCCAACGCCGGAAAUUCAAAUCGUGACGACAGAGGAGGACGAGGUGGGCGGCAAGAGAGGGCGAAUUCGACCCAGAAUGAGAGGUCUGGGAGGAACAAUGAUCGACCUACUAGAGGUGGUAAUCAGAGGAAGGAUGCUGAAGUCCAGACCGCCGAUAGUCUUUUGAACAUUGCUGCUGGGCCUUCAGCAUCAGGCUCUGGAAAUCAGAAGGACAAUAAGGAUAACAAUCAGAACAACAGCCAGGACAAGAACACGGGCAAGGACAAAUGCAACGAUAAGGAGAACAACAAGGGUGGGAAGAAGAAUAAAACCGACAAUAAGACGCCGUCGAAGACACAGGACUCAAGCCCACAAGAGGAAAGCUCAAAAGCCAACGACAAGACCGAUGAGACCAAGGCCAAAGCUAAGGAUAAGGGCAAGGACAAAGCCAAAGAUUCAGGUACCAACAACAACAACAACAAGAAGAAGAAGAAAAAUGUCCAGUUUUCCGAGAAUGAGAACAAAGAAGACAACAAAAACGAUGAUACAGAGCCUGUGAAUACCGUUGACCUGAGAGAAUGGUUUAAUACUGCACCUUCCAGUGGAUGGGGGGACACUGCUGGAAACAAUUCCGAAGUCCAAGAUACAGCGGUCAACGAAGGGACUUCAGAUUGGGAUUCUGGGGAUGCGAAUAAUACUGAUAAUGGAAUCAUCUGUAAGAACUCCCAACUCAAUACCAAGAAUGGCAAUCUUAACACCAGACAGGGUAGGACACAGGUUGACAGCUGA